UUCCCUCCCAUUUCCCCCUCAAAACAAUGAAAAAGAAAGAAACCUCCCGUUUCUCCAGCAGAAAUCCCCUUCUCCAGCCAUGGCCAAGAACCACGAACCCGCCACCCCGGCGGCCGCCGCCGAGACGCCGUGGAAGGGGCGUCUGCGCUCGCACCACGCGACUCCUCUCAGCUCCCGCUCACCGUGGAUCCCUUCCCGACCAUCCAGGAUCCAGAACAACGACGAGGAUGCCCGGAGGUUCAGGACACCGGCGACGGCGAGACGCCGCGACGAGGGCGACGGAACCGUGCGCCGGUCUCUGAGGGUUCUCGCGCGCCGGUUCGGCGGCCACGAUGCGGCGCACCCGAUCGUGCUCGACGACGAGGACGAGGAAUGCGAAGUCAGGGGUAACCAAACAGCGAUGACGCAUGUUCGGAGAUCUGCGCGGUUCCAGCGAGGUGGUAAGAGUCUGAGUAAGCCACCAGUGGGGAAGGAAAGUCACCGGAAACGGCCGCCGCGGAUACCGAAUCGCCGGGACAUUGCCCAUAACAGGGAGACUCAAAAUGCUGCUAAGAGCGGCAAGACGCGAGAGAAUCCGACAAGGAGUAGCCAGAGAAUCGCUGCAGUACAGUCUUCAGCAAGGAUGAAAGAACACAAGGAGCUCCAGACAUUGUAUGAAGAUGCCCAAGACGUUCCUGCCAGGAGAAAGACUGCACAUGCAUCUUGCAAAAAGAGCGAGAUGCAAGAGCCAAAGCCCAGUUGUUGCGAGGAGCCGACAAGGAAGAGGAUGAGAGGCUCGGAGAGAAGGCCGGAAUCAGGGAAGCAAAGUCACCCAUCUGGUUGUCCAGAAGUUGCACCUAUCACUAAACCCAGAAACAUCAUCCACAAGAAGGGUGGAAAUGAUCCUUCUUCCAUAGUGCAGCCUAAGAUCAGUGAUGAAACGCUGAUGAACACCAACGAAGGCAAUGAAGAGCAGUGUGCGGAGCACCCGAUUGUGCUCGACGAGGAGGAGGACGAGGAACGCGAAGUCAGGGGUAACCGAUCAGCGACUACGCCUGUUCGGAGAUCAGCGCGGUUCCAGCGAGGUGAUAAGAGUCUGAGUAAGCCACCAGUGGACAAGGAAACUCACCGGAAACGGCCGCCGCGGAUACCGAAUCGCCGGGACAUUGCCCAUAACAGGGAGACUCAAAAUGCUGUUAAGAGCGACAAGAAGCGAGAGAAUCCGACAAGGAGUAGCCAGAGAAUUGCUGCACUACAGUCUUCAGCAAGGAUGAAAGAACACAAGGAGCUCCAGACAUUGUAUGAAGAUGCCCAAGACGUUCCUGCCAGGAGAAAGACUGCACAUGCAUCUUGCAAAAAGAGCGAGAUGCAAGAGCCAAAGCCCAGUUGUUGCGAGGAGCCGUCAAGAAAGAGGACGAGAGGCUCGGAGAGAAAGCCGAAAUCAGGGAAGCAAAGUCACCCAUCUGGCUGUCCAGAAAUUGCACCAAUCACUAAACCCAGAAACAUCAUCCAGAAGAAGGGUGGAAAUGAUCCUUCUUCCAUAGUGCUGCCUAAAGCUAGUGAUGAAACGGUGAUGAACACCAAGGAAUGCAAUGAAGAGAUGUGUGGGGUUAAAGGAGGAGAACAGCAGCAGCUUUGUGCUUCAGAUGAUUGGACAGAAGAGCAGGACCUGACAUUGCGCCAGGCUUACUUCACUGCUCGACCAUCCCCACAUUUCUGGAAGAAAGUUUCCAAAUUGGUGCCAGGAAAAUCUGCCCAAGAGUGCUUCAAUAGAGUUCAUGCUGACCUUUCAACACCCGCUCCAAUUGCCCCUCGACCUCGAACAAGUAAAAUACAGUUUUCUCCUCUAGGACAUUUCAAAUUGUCCGAUUCAAAAGUUCCAAAUCUGUUGGAACCUCUAGUUGGAAGACGAAAGACCGCCAAACAGAAGAGCCUAGCAGCACAGAAGACAGUGAGACAUUUGCUGAAGAAGCAUUCCCUAAUUGACCAAGCUCAAGAGGCUGAUCACUUCUCUAUAUUUGAAACUUCACCAUCUGCUUUACAAUUGAACAUUCCGCUUGAGGAUUCUCCUGGAACCCCUGACAACUGUAUAAAUUCUUUUCCCCUCGUCAAGUACAGCGUGAGUUCUUCAGCACGUAAGAGACCGUUGUCAAAGUUAAAAACUAAGCAAGCUGAACUGAGUCCAGCAGUUCUGAAGCCUAUAAAGAAUGUAGUUUUACAUGAGAGGUACAUUAAUCAGUUGUCCCGAAGAGAGGUGGCAAAAAAACCUCGUAAGAAAGCUGCUGGCACCAAAGCAACUGAUCCUGAGAAGCCUCUUUUGGAGCAGCAAGCUGGUGUUGUGAAGGCUGCAAAGAAUGCUCUUAUGUCAGAAGCAACAGACUUCAUAUGCCAGUUUAAGAAGUUACAAGCCAACUCCCUUGCACAUGUUCUGGAAAACAGUGAAGACGAUGUGGAUAAUUCUGUGUAGUGUCAUAGUGGUCCCAAGAUGCUUUUAGCAUAUAUGCUCUCCCCUCAAUUUUAAAGCAGCCGGAUGGCAUGUCGUUAGCUAACUAUAGUUAGUAGACUAAGACUGUAAAGAGACUGAUGAUAAGUCAUGGAAGUUAUAGUUCAUUAUAUUCUGUCAAGAAAGUUAUCAAUGCAUUGCUAGCAUUAGCAUAUCAAGGUUAUGGUUAUCACAUA